CAAACGGACGCCUCUAAAGACACUUGGGCAGAGUGCAUGUUAGCAAUUCAAAAUAGCAAGGAAUUAUUACAAAUGAGGCUACUGUCUCUGGCCAAAAGCCUAAAGAUUAUCAGUCUUCAGACAAUAUUAUUGAACUUUCAAGUUCUCAAUUAUCAGUUCCUUUCAACAGUGAUAAAUAUUCUAAGAAAUUAUGUAAAUAUAUUUCUGGAACAUUUACCGCCACUCAACAGAACUAUCCGAUCCACGAAUUAGAGACACUAGUCUGUCUCAGAACAUUGAAAAAAUGGAAGCUUGAAUUAUUAUCUACAAGGUUUGAACUUCGAACCGACUCUAAAUAUGUAAUAGGUUUUUGGAGGUACAAGCUACAGGCAGAUUUCAACAAAGGGAGAUUAAUCAGGUGGCAACAACAACUCCAUUAUUACAAUCCUUAUCUGAAGUAUAUCAAGUCCAACAACAAUCCAUUCACCGACACACUAACUCGAGAAUGGAAGGAUUUAUAAAGACCCUCAUUAAUCAGCUAAAGUAGAAGCAGGAAAAGAGUGCAGCACUGGAACAACAACUUCUCCUUUGCAGGGGGGAGGAAGAAGUAAUAAUUCAAUCAAUCGAUGUUAUUCAGCAACAGUUAAAAAUCAACUACAUCGACGUUAGUACACUAUCAAUUAGCUCUGCUAAUGGACAACCAUCAACAACCACCACAGAACUUGCUAAAUCAUCCACUACUACCAAUAAUAAUACACAAAAGACAACACGAUGGGCAGACAUCGUUGAGCAAGAAGAAAAAGAAGCAAGAGAUUCUCACUACGAAGAAGACGACAGAAAAGGUAGCAAGUGGUAUGUCAUAUUCAAUGGACCAUAUCAAGGAGUAUAUCACAACUGGGCCAUCGCUAGCCAGCACAUUAAUGGCAAACCAAUCCAACAUCAGUCAUUUAAAACAAAAGAAGCAGCCGAAGAAGCAUUUAGACAGUCAUACAAAGUGAUGGCAAUGAAAGAACCAGUCAAGAAUCAAGAUCAACAAUAGCAUAAACUUAUCAUGAAGAUACCUAGUAUCAAGAGUAUCCCAACCACCAAAGAAAAAUAAGAACAAUUGAAACCAGUCUUUCAAAAGUUCGUAUCCAACUGGGAUAUGAUAAUCAACUACGAAGAAAAACACACAACCAUGGGGUUUUAUCCCGUCAGUCGAGGAGGACCAAAGGCAGUAAUCACAGAAGAAGCAUCACCAGAACUCUCUUAUGAGUUCCAUCAGUAUGGAUUAAUCGACACUAUCUACACUACAACCAUGAAAGUAUUUGAAUACUUUCCACAAAGAAUGAGGAACAUGAUUAGAAGAUAUCUUGAGCUUUUCGCCAAGGAACGAGAAAUAUUUCUCAAGUAUACAAGCAGCUACCCCAUAUUUGAUUAAGACAAGCUAUUGGUCGGAUCAAAGGCAACUAUCCUUAUGGGAGUAUCAAACCAUGAUUAUCCUACCAGAGAUGACCUACGAGACUAUGUGAAGAACCCAGACUACCAAGUAAAGGGUCUUCUAGCAGUAUGCAUAGCAUUAACAAAGAUUGAACCAGAAAGUCAGAUCAAGGUCAAUUACAGCAGCCCCGAUGCCAUCAUCACCAAUAAAAUUAGAGGAAAUAUGACCAAGGAAGAAUGGACAAUCAUAACAGAUAAAACUAAAGAAUUCACUGAAAUUAAUGGAAAUCUAUCAGCUCUUCUUAUUCAAAUCAAGAAACAGCUGUGCAACGCACUUACUAUCUAUAAGGACCACUUCUGUGAAUGGUGUGCAUCAACUGACGAAGACAUCAAUGGACCAGCAGACCAAGACUGAAAGAAGCAUGUGAAGAAAGAGGAAUCAAACAAAUAUGGGAUAAAACGACAAGAGAAGGUUGGCCGACUCCUUUAAAAAAGUCGUGCAUUAUUGUACUUUAUCAGCUUUUCUUAUCGUUUCACGCACUUUCUUUUGACGUGUUAACUUUACAUCCCUGUCUAACAGACGUAAGCAAUGACGUCUUUGUAUUCCCUCUCAGCUCUAUAUAAGAGCAAGAGUUUGCAAUGAAAUAAGGCAGAACGAGUUUGGCCACAAAAGUUGUCUGUUUACUCUCUCCCUCUAGCUAGCUAGUUGUAAGGCUUGGAUCCACUGAUCCUGGAGGCCACAAUCAUCUUCAACAUAAUCAAACGCACGAGGAGCAGCUACAAUCAUCAAGCAAUCAUAAAAAAACUCAGAGUUUCAUUAGAAGAACAAGUCAGGUAUGUCCAGUAAUCCUACUUCAAGUUAUUUUGACUAUUUAAACAAAAACGAUAAUGAAAAUUACUUCUUAGAUGGUGUUAUAGACGUAAAGAAAAUUAGAGAAAAAACUAAUUUUACUAUUUCAGAAACUCAAAACUUUAUCACUAAGUCUUUUUUAUCAAAACUCUUUGAUAGAGAAAACAUUAUUAAAUACGGUAAAAUGAUAGGAGAAGUAGCAGUCCCUAUUGAUCAAACUAAGGGCGAUUUUCUAAUCCAAGUAAUAAACAAAGAACAAAUUAGAAAAAAGAUUAGAUAAACUAAGAUCAGAAGAACGAAAUAAAAUAGCUUAUAUUCAUAUUAGUACAAUUCAAAUUAUACUAAAAUCAACCAUGAAAAUAGGAAUUGACGCACCCAUGGAAUUAGAAAUUCGUGAUGAUAGACUCAUUAAUGAAGAAGAGAGUAUUAUUGCCAAAGGAACGGGAAAUUUAGGAGUAGGAAUAAUUAAAUUUGAUAUUAACCUACAAGUUACAACAAGGACUGAGUCUGGCAGAUGGUAACCUUGACUCUUCUAUCAUUAUAAAAUACGAAUUAAAAAGAGAAAAUUUUAUGAAAGAAAAUAGCAAACCAUUUUCAAUAACUUAUCAAAUAAACUAUGCAUUAACAAAUAGUCACCACAGCUUAACCUUCAAAAAUAAAGAAGUAAUUACUAUAGAAGAUUUAUUUAAACCUUUAAUUCAACUAGAAGCACUACUAAAAACCGUUAAAAUAGAACCUAGUAGACCAUCGAUAACCCAAGAUCAAAGACGAAUAAUUAAAACACAAUCAGAGAGAAUUAGGCAUAUCCCAGUAACUGAACAAAAUUUAGAACAAGAAGAGAUAACCAAUAAUCAAGUAAAUAAAUUAAUUGAAGAGAUAACCAAUAAUCAAGUAAUAAAUAAGUUGGAAAAAUUGCAACAUUCAAUAGCAAAUCUAGAGAAUAAAAUCUAACAACUACAAAUAUGCCUACUAACUAUCAUAUAAAUUAAUUAAUUGAAGGAAUAGAUGCUAUAAAUCUCAUUUCAAUAAAUUAUAUCAGUACGGUUACACAAGAACUAACUUAUUUUGCUUCAGAAAUCGUAGAAGAACAAAUGAGUAUUGGAACCAUAGAAACAUUAGAAGAAGCUAUCUCCAAAACCAAAUUAAUUACUAAUAUAAUAACUAGUCUAAAUAAAAUAAAACAAAGAUU